AAUUCCAUGUGUAUUUAAUGAAUGAUAGGAUCAUUUAGUCAUAAUAUUUAAAUGUGUAAUAUCUUUAGUGUACUAUCGCAUUCAGCUGCAUGUUAGUUAUUGAUCUUAUACUAUACCUACAUAUUUUGUAAAAGUUCUAUCGAGCUCGUUAUGAUUAUAUCGGUUAAUUUGUAUUUUCGAUUGUGAUUUGUUAAGUGCCAAUAAAGCAUAACACAUAUAACAUAGCGUCGGUUUAUCUAAUGUGACAAAGUCAUGCUUUGUAUUAGAUUAUUUAAUGCCCACUAAAUCUACAAAAUGAACCUGUUAUUGUUGAAACCAGAGGAGUUGCACCAUGAUGAGGAGGGUAUAUAUGUAGACGUUACUGAUAAGCGCAAAGUAUCGCAUAUAAAAUAUGUGCUUAAAGCAACAGUUGGCAAGCAGAUUAGGUGUGGUAUAGUGAGUUCCACGAUUGAUGUUGGUACUAUCACAUGUUUGUCACCACAAGCUAUUACUGUACGACUGUCCGACAAGUUUUUAAGUGAUGUACCUCCCGAGCGCCCAUUGAUUGACCUAGUCGUUGGUAUACCUCGCCCUCGUUCCUUGGAUAAGCUUCUUCAGUACAGUGCUAGUAUGGGCGUUGGUCGUAUUUUGCUUGUAUGUUCCUCGAGGGUUGAGUUAGAUUACCUGAAGUCGCAUCAGCUAGAAAUGCAAAACAUAGAGGAGUCCCUGUUGCUUGGCAUGGAGCAGGGUGUAACAACAUACAUGCCCGAAGUUCAGAUACACCGCUCUUUAGGCUCCUUGCAACGUUCAUUAGAGAAGGAGCCAAUGGCAACACGUCUCAUCGCACAUCCCGGAACUGAAGAUACCCUUGGAUCAUUGGGUAUUACAUCGCAUCUAUCCGGUCCAAUCCUUGUGGCAAUAGGUCCAGAAGGCGGUUGGCUUGACCAUGAAGUUGAUUUUUACGCCAGUCUUGGAUUUCGCAAAUUCAACAUUGGUGAGCGUAUACUGAGGGCUGAGGUAGCAGCAGUCGCUAUCAUAUCCCAGCUACAGUUACUACUAAACGACAAGGUUCUCCGACAAGGUCGAGACAGAGCAACAAGGGACCAAUUGUAAUAUUAGUAUGAUAUUCCAUUUAUAUGGACCUUUUUAGACAUAUAGAUACCGAUUGCACCAUCCCAAC